AUGAUGGUAAGCCCGACCCGAAGACCAUUUGUUGAAUUGUGUGCGGUGGAGCGCGAGAUUGCCAGCUGCUGCACACUAGGGCAAAGCCCGAAGCUUUCCGGAUUUUUCUCGAUCCUGGACACUCUCACAAGACAAAUUCACGCGACUCCGCACUGCAUCGCCCCGCAUCCAGCGAUCCGCACCAGGCAACAGCACGACACCCGAGAGGAGAGAGGGUCUUUUGAUCGUGGAGGUCUGCAUCGGCUUCUUCGUCAUUUGCUCUUCGAAUGGCUGGUUUGCAACUUGUCCUCCCGACCAACACAUCCCGCUGUACGCCCCCGUAUCAUCAUUGUUGAACGUCGUAGUCACCAGCACCGCUGCAACACUUCACCUGGACGGACAUCCCAUCCUUUCAUCACUCGUCGACGCACAAUAGGAAACGGAAUCACCACAUCUGCAAUCAUGGCAGCAAAUCGUCUCGGCAACAUCCAGGGUCACAUCUCUGGAUCCAACGGCAUCAGUCAGGCAGGUAAGUCGAAACUCUUCAAUACCAAAGAAGCACUGCUAUUCACCUGA